CGGAGACCGCUGAGUCGCCAGUUCAGAUCCAUCUGAGCUCCUUCCUGCACUCCUCAGUUCUCUCCCUGCCCAGCCACGCGAAGGAUUCUGGGCAUUGACGUCGCGGGUCUAGAUCUCAGGACCAGUUUCCAGAGCCCUCGGCACUGAAAGAGAAACUGAAGAAGGAAGGAAGAAUGGCGGUUGGACUUUGUAAAGUUAUGUCCCAGGGGCUGGUGACCUUCAGAGAUGUGGCUCUAGAUUUUUCCCAAGAGGAGUGGGAACGGCUUGAUCCAUCUCAGAAGGAUUUAUACAGAGAAGUCAUGUUGGAGAACUACAGGAACUUAGUAUGGCUUGGACUGUCCAUUUCUAAACCCAACAUGAUCUCCUUAUUGGAGCAAGGGAAGGAGCCUUGGAUGGUGCAAAGACAGAUGUCACAUGGUCACUGUGCAGACUGGGAGUCUUGGUGUGAAAUGAAGCGACUGUCCUCAAAAUGGUUCACAGAUGAAGAACUAUCCCAGGGAAUGGUAAUGAGAAAGAUCAAAAGUCAUAGCCUUCAAUGCUUCAAUUUCAGAGAAGCCUGGAAAUAUGAGGGUGAAUUUCCCUGGCAUCAGGGAAAUCAGGAAAGGCACUUCAGGCACAUGCCAACUCUUAAGAACAUCUCUACUAGGAAAAGACAUAACGAAUAUAAUAAUUCUAGGAGGAACAUCCCCUUGCAGUCAGUGCUUUUAACACAAUGGAGAGCUCCCAUAGUAGAGCAACUAUGUAAAUUUGAUAUUUAUGAUAAAAUCUUCUCUCAGAAUUCAGUCAUAAUUGAAUAUGAAAGACUCCAUUCUGAGAAGGAAUCUUUUAUAGAUACUGAAUGUGAAGAACUCAGUAAGAGUAUACAAUUUAUUAAAGAUACACGAAUUCCUUCUGGUGAGAAACCUUAUGAAAGUAAUGAUUUUUCAGAUCUCUUGAGUUUCCACUCAUUACUUACUCAACAUCCAACCAGUAAUUUUGGAAAAUUACCCCAUGACUAUGAUGAAUUUGGUGAUGCCUUUAGCUGUUAUUCGUUCUUUACUAAACCUCAAAGAAUUCACAGUGGAGAAAGACCAUAUGGAAAAGCCUUUAGCCAUGACUUCUUUCUCAGUGAACAUCAAAGAACUCAUAAUGGAGAGAAACCAUAUGAAUGUAAGGAAUGUAAUAAAGCCUUCAGACAGAGUGCACACCUUGCUCAGCAUCAGAGAAUCCACACUGGAGAGAAACCGUUUGCAUGUAAUGAAUGUGGGAAGGCCUUUAGUCGUUAUGCUUUCCUUAUUGAACAUCAGAGGAUUCACACGGGAGAGAAACCUUAUGAAUGUAAGGAGUGUAACAAAGCCUUCAGACAGAGUGCACACCUUAAUCAACACCAGAGGAUUCACACUGGAGAGAAACCCUAUGAAUGUAAUCAAUGUGGAAAGGCCUUCAGCAGACGAAUAGCCCUUACUCUUCACCAGAGAAUUCACACAGGAGAAAAACCCUUCAAGUGUAAUGAAUGUGGGAAGACCUUUGGCUAUCGCUCACACCUUAAUCAACAUCAGAGAAUACAUACUGGAGAAAAGCCCUAUGAAUGCAUGAAAUGUGGCAAGUUUUUUAGGACUGACUCACAACUUAAUCGACAUCAUAGAAUUCAUACCGGAGAAAGACCAUUUGAAUGCAGUAAAUGUGGGAAAGCCUUCAGUGAUGCAUUAGUUCUAAUUCACCACAAGAGAAGUCAUACUGGAGAGAAACCCUAUGAAUGUAACAAAUGUGGGAAGGCCUUCAGUUGUGGCUCAUACCUUAAUCAACAUCAGAGAAUUCAUACAGGAGAGAAACCUUAUCAAUGUAAUGAAUGUGGGAAAGCUUUCCAUCAGAUCUUGUCCCUUAGGCUACAUCAGAGAAUUCAUGUGGGAGAGAAACCCUAUAAAUGUAAUGAGUGCGGAAAUAAUUUUAGCUGUGCCUCAGCUCUUAGACGACAUCAGAGAAUUCAUAAUAGAGAAACCCUCUUAUUAUAGGAAAGGAAACAUUUAGUCACCUUUCCGUCCUAAGUACCAGUGAAUUCUGUUUGGUUAAUACUUCUAUGAAUGUAAUACAUGAAGAAAAACCUUCAGCUCAGGGGCUGGGAUUUAGCUCAGUGGCACAGCGCCUGCCUGGCAAGCAUGAGGUCGUGAGUUCGAUUUCUGGUACCGGAAAACAAAACAAAACAAAACAAAAAAAAACAACUUCAGCUCAUGAUCAUUAUUUGAAAUGACCUGAGUAGUAGACAUCUGUUAUUUUUUAGUCUAUUCUAUAUCCACCUCUACCUCCCUCAAUGCAUAUGAUCCUGAUGAAAUUGAAUCAGCAGUAUAUUGGUCAUGGAUAGCAAUUAUUUUCCCUCAAACUAGUGGUUAGUAAGAAAUUGGCACCUGGGCACAGUGGUGGAUACCUAUAAUCUCUGAGAGGCUGAGGCAGGAGGAUUGCAAGUUUCAGCACAGUCUGGGCAACUUACCAACUUAGCAAGACCA